ACCCAAACGGGAUCGCGGAUGGCGUACAAGCUUGGAUUCUUGAACAGUCUAAAACAAGCUGCCUGGAAGCCACGCUCUAUUUACAUUGUCCGGAGUCUUUAUACAUACCUACUUACCUAGGUAGAUAGUCAUCCCACACAAUGACAACAACCGGAGAGAUCGGGAAAACCUCCAGCAUGGAUGAGCACGUCGUCUGCCACCGCCGCGGAGUGGAAACCCACGUGAGUCACCCUAGUCCAAGUCCGCUAAUAGUACCCGCUCGCAAGGGGGCAACUAGGCGAAACAAUGCACAGCACACCUCUCACAAUUGCCAUUCUUGGAGCCAUUGUCCGAGAUGCAAGUCAUAUACACACAUGCAUCUCUCCGUGGGCCGGCGACAUCCUGGGUGGUAGCCAGUCAACCGAGCAUCGACCCCCUUGCCUGCCUGUCUGUCCUGUGUUGGUCCACGGCCGGCCCCCGGGCCCGGUGCUCAUCGAGCAUGCGGGGCAGUCGGACCCGUGGAUCAAUUGGAACCCACGAACGCGCACGCGCCUCUCCGAUCCCGGGGAAGAGAGAGUCAGGCUGGUCCGGAAGCCCCCUACUGAGUUUGCGUGUUCUGUGCAAGUCGGCUUUGUCUCAUUCAAUUUCUCCAUGUCACGAAACAUUCUGGUCUGGAGUAGUUUGGCUGAUCCGCUUGGCCUCAUUCAGUAUGAAAAAUACUGAGCAUCCUGGCAGAGAAUAUGUGCUCGUCAUCAAGUCUUUUAUCAUACAGAGCAGUCGAGAGCUGUCUCCUGCUCAUCAGUCUAUAUAGCUGUUCUACCCUUUUUUCGUUCUAAUAUGUUCGUAACGUGUGAUGUACAAGGUAUGAAGACAAU